AUGAAGAAGCAACGUCAGUCGACGUCUGGGAGGAGGUCGAAAGUUCGAUGGUCUAGUUACAUUGUUCCUCAAUUAAUUUCAUCACUCUUUCUAAUUGUCGAAUUCUGCGACUCUACAUAUCAUCGUUGUAGGUUUUGUGGGCAAAUGGAAAGAGGCAGAGGAUCCCCCUUCAAGAAACGCCCAAACCCUCGCUUCAACAAGGGUGGCAACAAAAGAGGGAAAUUUGAUGACGAAGAAUCUUCAGAAAGCUCUCAUGUUUCAGAAACAGUCUACCGAAUCCUAUGCCAAUCCAGAAGAAUCGGCAGCGUAAUCGGAAAAGGUGGCACUGUAGUGAAAGCCUUACGCGAAGAAACCCAAGCUAAAAUUACAGUUGCGGAAUCUGUCAUUGGUUCAGAAGAAAGAGUAAUCAUAAUCUACAGCCCUUCUGCAAAAGCUCCAGUAGUAAAAAAUGACGAUGAUGAUGAUAAUGAUUUGGAGCUGCAUUGUGCAGCUCAAGAUGCUCUUGUAAAAGUUCAUGAUAGGAUUGUUGAGGAAGAUAUUUUUGAUGAUGAGGAAAGUGUGGUGUUUUGUCGAAUGCUUGUUCCAAAUAACACAGUUGGGUGUCUUUUGGGGAAAGGAGGUGAAGUUAUUAAGAGAUUAAGAGGUGAGACUGGUGCUGUUAUUCGUCUUUUGCCUGCAGAGCAGCUUCCUACUUGUGCUAUGGAGACUGAUGAGUUGUUGCAGAUAUCAGGUACACCAGAUGUUACAAGAAAAGCACUUGCUAAAGUCUCAACAUUAUUACAUCAAAAUCCACGAAAAGAUGAACCACCAUCAAACAGUCGACCCGUGGGCCCCCCACGGGCCUUUCAGCCCGGUGCACCACCGCCGCCUGAACGUGGGCCAUACACGUACGGUGCACCGCCACUUCCAUGGCGGGAGCCACCACGAUAUGGGCCUCCGGCCAUUGAUCCUGUUCAAAUUGAAGAGACACCAAUUGAGUUCCCAAUGAAAAUUCUUUGCUCUGAAGCAAGAAUUCAUGGAGUGAUUGGGAGAAAUGGGAUCAGUUUAAGACAGUUUCAGCAAGAAACGGGUACAAGUAUCCAUGUGGAGGAUCCGCUUCUAGGCUCAGAUGAAAGAGUCAUUGUUGUUUCUUCUUUUGAUGCUUUACAGAAACCAAGGUCAAGAACAAUUGAUGCGAUUCUUCUUUUACAAGAUAAAACAAGUGGCAUGAUAAUCAAUGAAAUGAGGAGAAGAAUUAAAGCAGAUAUCCGUGUCUAUCCUAAAGAAGACAAACCAAAGUGUGCUGCUGAAAAUGAAGAGCUUGUUCAGGUUUCGGGGAGUUACGGUGUUGCGAAAGAAGCUUUGGCUGAGAUUGCAUCAAGAUUUAGGGCAAGAUAUCUUAGAGAUACAAAACCUGUAACAGAGGUGGUCCCACGAGGUGGUCGUUAUGAACCUUUUAAGCGCGAAUAUAAUCCACAUCAGCAUCAACAUCAACAUCAACAUCAACAUCCUCCACCUAGUUACCUUGCUCCUCCUCCUCCUCCAAGAGAGUAUCAACCUCAUAGUUAUCAUGCCCCUCCAGUGGAAUAUGCAACCCAUGCUUAUCCAGUUCCUUCACACGCACCAGGAUAUCCAAGUGGUGUUGAUAUGAAUGUGGCAAACAGUGGGCAAGCUUCGGUUCCGGGUCCCCCUGGAGUUCACAACCCUAGUGAGGUUGCAGGAACAAUGGUGAACAGUCAAGAUCCGUAUGCACAAACAGUUGCAGUUGCAGCCACACAUGGUGUGGUGGAUGUGUACCAAGCAUACGGUGGGGCUGCAGGCGGACAAACCCAUCCUGUUCAGCAAGAAGAAGGAGGCCCUAGGCAAGAGGAAGCAAAGGAGGUUGCUAUUUCGUGGAUUUGGAGCUUGGAUCAUCACUCUAGAGGGGGACUACAGCUCGGCGGAUCGAGUGUUAGCGAUUUCAGGGUUACGAUUUACCGAAACACGCGAGGUACUAGUGACGACCGCGGGAAGGCGCCGGCUUGA